CUUGAGAAGUAUGCCUAAUAUUUCUCUUAAAAUAGUAUAUUGAUACAUAGCCACUUAAAAGAUAAUUAAUAUAAGAAAUUCCUAGAGUUCUAUUGCUAGUUAUAAGAAUUAAGCUGACAGGCAAAACAAAAUGUUGUUUACCAACAGCAUAAAAGCUGAUUUCCUAGGAGUGUUCGCAGCAUUUCUAGCAAUUCUUGUAGUAUGGCACAUCUGGGCACUUAACUAUUGGAAACGCAAGGGAAUCUUAGGUCCCAAACCAGUAUUUUUAUUUGGUAAUAUGAGGGAUUUCUUUUUGGGAAGCAAAUCGAUAGGCGAAUGUUUUAGAGAUGCGUACUUUGAGUAUAAAGCACAAGGAAAACGCUACCUCGGAUUCUUCAUAACUGGCCAAGCCCACUUCGUUCCCAUAGAUUUGGAGCUGGUGAAAUCGAUUCUACAAACAGAUUUUCCAAAUUUUCACAGCCAUGGCACCUAUUACAACGAGGAAGAUGAUCCGUUGUCUUCGACCAUCUUCAAUUUGGACGGUCCCAAAUGGAAAAACGUUCGCGUCAAACUUACGCCUACUUUCACGUCUGGAAAGAUAAAAAUGAUGCAUCAAACGCUUCUUGAUUGCUCGUACGGUCUGAAGGAUUUAUUUGCUGAAAGUGAAAAUGGUCCGAUUGAGAUUAAGGAGAUUAUGGCGAGGUUUACCACAGAUGUUAUUGGUGAGUUACUUUUGAUGGAGAAUUUAUUUUAUACAAUUUAA